AUUAUUGUUCUUCGCGUAGUCGUCAUGUAAAUAUCCAUAUUGUAAAUCUGUACAAAGAUUUUUAAUGCUGUUAGUUACGUGCCAGCAGUUUCCUCGUGUUAAAUAAUAUUGCACAUACAAUAUUAGAGAAAACUUCAUUAAACGGUCAAAUAUCAGUAUGAGCAAUCCAAAUAGGGAAGUGUUUGAAUAUCGUGGACAAUGCAUAGCCGAAUGUUACAAUCAGUUUUUCAAUCCAAAUAUUUGUCACGUCUGCAAAUCGGUAGACAGAGGCAAGUUGAUAUUAUGUAGUCAAUGUUACUUGAUUUCUUAUUGUAGCGAAGAACAUAAAAUGAUACACCACCCAUACCACGCGAAAAUUUGUGCAAUUAUAGCUCAGGUUUUGCAAGUAAAACCUCAUCAAGACAUGCGCACGUUCUAUGACUGGCAACAAUGGAUACAAUCAAGAAAAAUAUUGAUGGAAUCAAUCCAAGAAAGACUUGAUGACAAAAUGGAGCCUUAUAUGGAACAAAUGAUCUUAUGGUCAAAAUCAUGUGUUGUUUGCUAUCAACAGGCAAAUCUGCGGGUUUGUCAAAGAUGCUUUUCCGCUAACUAUUGCAAUCAGCACGCGGAAGUUUUUAACAGGAAACAUGACGGAGCCAAAUGCGACCAAUUAAUGCUGUUGCUUAAUAUAGAUAUCAAAACUAUUUCUGGCAAAACAUCUAAUAUAUCCUAUAAUUUCUUUUUAUUUAUCAAUAAGAGAAGUUGUUUUGAAGAAAUGCUCGAAUUUUGUAUAGAAUAUAUACUAAUGCGAAGAAAAGAUCUCGAUUGGCUUGCUAAAGACUACGUUCGAUCCGAUUAUCUUUCAGAACCACUGACAGUUUAUUCUGGGUUAAAGAGAACACAUUUGUUACGUAUCCUGCAAAGCUCUUUGGUGAUUAUUCAUAUUAUAGCCGUAAAUCCUAUGAAAGGAGAUAGUUUACCAGCUUGGGAAAUUUUGUUACAUCUUGUACCUCAAAUACAACAACUAUUAAUUAUUUUAGUAGGACCAAAAUUAAUGAAUUACGAUACUGGUAAAUGUAAACUUUGUAAACGUUGCAUGGAUAGUGAAAAGAUGUUUUUCUACGUUUCAAUUCCUAUGUUGUAUUGCGAUUUUAUACGAUCUGAUAAAUAUAUAAUACCAACUGUGAUUGCGGGAUUUCACAUUGAACUUGAUAAGGGAAACAUAUGUACAGAGUCUAUACAAGAAAUAAUGAAUCAACGUUGUAUAUUAUUUUUAUGUUCAUCGUCCAAACGUGAAGUUAAAAAGAACAUCAUUAAAAUAGAGGAAGUCCUGGAUAGAAUUGUAGAACCUGAUUUUAAUGAAAGAAAUCACUUUAGUGGUCUUGCACCACACAAAGACUUAGAGACUGGCGAUAUAUAUUUUCAUAAUGAAUAUUUAACUAUUUACAAUAAUUCAUAUUAUGAUAGUAGUGCGAAGUUCAGCUCAUACACUUAAUUAUACGAUGACUUUAGUAUCAUAUCCUGAACAUAUGCACAUUAUAUUAUUAUAGUAAAUUAACAUUUUUAAUAGUUAAUGAAUAUUUUUAAUAAAGAUUACUCUCUUUUAUAGUCAAUUAUAUGGCUUUUUAUACGGUAUUACACUAAUCAUAGGAUAAUUGUGACACACUUUAUAUAGUUUGUUUAAUUAAAUAAAUGGCAUAUCGAAUUAAUUAGGAAAGUCUUCUACUAUUUUUUAAAUUUUACAAUGAUUAUUAAAGAAUACAUUAAAAAAUAUUAGCUUAUGGAUACGCGAACAGCAGCAAGACGAGCAGGUGGAGGCAUUAUCUCAUCUUGAAUGUCUCGAAUCUGUUAAUCUCCCGGUUAUGGUAAUGCUAAACCAUCGUGGCUUACUAUAGGCCAAUAUCAUACACAACUUGACUUUGCCAGCAGACUGUUGACAAAUUUAAGAAAGAUCAAACAAUGAAAAUUCGACAAAGAGUCAUAAAAUGUCGCGAAAAUUCCUUAGAAUACUCGAUAGAAAUGGGUGAAAAUAAGCGAGAGUAACAAUUAAUCUUGCGAAACACGUGAAAAUUGUUUCAAGAAUUUUGGGGACACCUGUUUGUCGUUUAUUUACGGAGGCUGACUCCUUAAUCACAACUGUAUACGUUCGUGAAAUAAAAAGCCUGAAAUCACCACACGAUAUUUAGCGGUGCUGAAUUUCAUGCAGUUCGUGUUCACUCACGCUCGCUUUUCGGACAUGCAUCACCACUUCGGAAUGUAAAUACGCGUUAUCGAGACACGUUGGCAGCCGUAAUGUCGUCGUCGUGGCGAAACACGCAAGGCAGGCUAACUACCUCUGAAAUAUGACUCGGAGAGGAGGUUCUCCCUCGGCAAUACCGCGGCAGAAAGAACAUGCGACACGUUAGCAAGCACGGUAAUGAACAAACCGCACAAACGCGAAGGCGACUUGUAUGCGAAAGAUCGACUGACUCACUUGUGCGAUAGUUUUCUUUUACUGUGCGAUUGCGAUGCGAUUUCCAACGACAUACGUGUUCGAGUUUUGUGAAUUUUUUAUUA